AUGUCUCCAGGUCCUACUCUCCAACUUAAUAGUGGGUACAAGGUACCCCAAGUUGCCUUCGGGACAUUUGAGGCACCCCGAACUGAAGUGUAUAAUGCCGUAAAAGAAGCAUUUGAUGCCGGUUACCGUCAUAUUGACUGUGCGAUGUUGUACGCCAACGAGGAAGAAGUAGGCCAGGCCAUUGCUGAAUCUAUGAAGAAGCACAAUCUGAAACGCGAAGACAUCUUUGUCACUUCGAAACUCUGGUGUGAUCGACAUGAUCCCAAAGUCGUUCGAAAAUCUUGUGAAGAAUCGUUGAAAGCUCUCGGUCUCGAAUAUCUCGACCUCUAUCUCAUUCACUUCCCUUUUUCUUUCCAAGUCAAGGAAGGUGCUAAGUUUGAUUUUGUCGAUCCAAAUAAACUCAUUUUCGAGAAUCACAAACUUGAAGACACCUGGAGAGAAAUGGAAAAGUUGGUUCCUGCUGGAUUGGCAAAGUCUGUUGGUGUGUCUAACUUCAACAAACGCCAAAUUGAGCAUAUCAUUAAGCAUGGAACGAUGGUGCCAGCUGUCAAUCAGAUUGAAGUGCAUCUUCACUGGCUUAACACCAAAUUGAUUGAAUUCUGUCGAUCGAAAGGCAUUCAGGUUGAAGCUUAUGCUCCUUUCGGCUCUCCUGGAUUCAUCAAAGAAAAAUUUGAGUCACUCUUUGAACUGAAAGCUGUUGUUGAGAUCGCAAAUAAGCACAAAGUUACUCCUGCCCAAGUUCUCAUUCGUCAUGGUCUACAGAGAAAUAUGGUUGUCAUUGCCAAGAGUGUUACCCCAGAGAGAAUUCACAAAAACUUCGAUGUUUUGAGUUUCGAACUGACGAAGGAGGAGAUGGACAAGCUUAACCAUGCUGGUACAAGCAUUCGCCUGUUCAAGAUACCAGCCAUGGUCGAUCAUCCUGAAUAUCCCUUCCACGAUGAAUACUAA